AUGAACUCAUCAUUCCAGGAGCCGCACCCAAGCUUGAGUAUAGCUGACGAGGGGCUGACUGUGCUCGAAGGCGCUGUGGAAGGGGCAACAGCGGUUGAUUAUGUCCCACUCCACGGGCUGAACGGCAAUUCGAAGCGAACAUGGACAUACGAGUCGGGCGAGGGCGGGUUCUUCUGGCCAGCGCAGAUCUUGACCGAUAUCCCGGGGUGUCGGGUCAUGAUGUUUGGGUACAACGCUCUAUUCGAACGGGCGCUGGUGGAGAAUACCACGACAAUAAAUGCGAUCGCGUAG